UCUUCUUGUUCAAUUCUCUGCCACCCGUUCCGAGGCUACGAAAAGAUAUCGAACCCGUAAACGACAUCGAGUCGACCCGGAAGCAUUCCAAAAUGACAAGUCUUCCUCAAUUUCUUAAGCUUUUCCACGAUCUUUUCUCCACUAAUUAUCGCCUUUUCUAUAUAUCUAACUGUGUUUAACGUUACCAAAACCAUCAUUAAAGAUGGUUAAGUUCGCGAAAACAUAUGUAUACUUUGCUUUGUUUCUUCUUAUCGCGUUAACUGUGAAGGUUACAGGUCGGGUUUUACGUUCUGAGUUGAUUUCAGAUGGCACCGAUGAUGAUCCAACUCGAGAGAAGGGAAUGGGGUCGUCGUUCUUGCAUUUCCAAGGAUUUGAUCUUCGUGAAGAACGUUGUGAGCAAAUGUACGGUUUUCUACCGUGCUCAGAGAAUCUUUUAGGCCAUCUUUUCCUUAUUCUGAUUUAUGAGUACUUGUUAUAUCACGGAGAAUCGUACGUUGCUUCCGGAGGUAAAAGGAUUUUUCAGAUUCUUGGUCCCGGCAUCUUCGGUGCAAGUGCUUUCCAGGUCCUCGGUUUCCUUCCAGAGUCAUUUAUACUUCUCGUAUCGGGACUUUCGAACACUAAGGAUGUAGCUCAAGAGUAUGUCCUAACCGGAGUCGGCUUGCUAGCCGGAUCAGCAACACUCCUUCUCACUUUACUGUGGGGAACUUGUGUCAUCAUCGGCAGUCGAAAAUUUCCCUCAGAAUCUGGUUCAACCCCUUCAGUGAUUCCUACCCAAAACCGAUACCAAAAACUGUUUUCGUUUUUCAGCGAUUCCGGCGUAACUACGGAUCACGAGACAAGUUUCGCGGCCAAAAUUAUGGUUCUUUCUGUUAUUCCGUUCAUAUUCCUACUAAUCCCAGAAAUAUUUGGUCUCGCGUAUUUGUUUGAGGGAUAUAUCAUCGUGAUCGCUCUGUGUGUUACGGUUAUGUUCUUGAUCAUAUACUUCAUUUACCAGGUGUUUGAGCCUUCAAUCCAAAAGCGAAGAUUAUCAUACGUGAAACACGAGCAUUUAGUUGUCGACAUACUAAAACAUUUGCAAGAGCACACAGCGGAAAAAGUACUCACCGAUGAUGGUUUACCAAACCUAUCUGCUAUAAAACGUCUAUUUAUGAUGAUUGAUCAAGAUGCCGAUAGUUACAUAUCUUUUUCCGAACUAAAAGCGGCUCUCGAGGAUGUCAAGUUCAGGCGAUUAACUUGGAACAAGGAGAAAAGAGUGGAAGAAAUAAUGAAAGAAUUCGAUACCGAUGCUGAUAGCAAAGUGAAUUUGGAUGAAUUUAUCGAUGGAUUCACAAAAUGGCUUGACGAAACAAAGAUGAAUGCAACGAAUAAACGUUCAUUCCGCUCGGUUAGGUCGUGGAACGACUUGUAUAAGAUUAUCCAUCCAUGGGUUCAGACCAAAAAGAAAGAACAAGAGAUGAUGAAGAUUAUGGUAUCCAAAAUUAUUCGACAUGUCGAAAGCUUUUCGUUAGAGAAGUUCUACAAUGAAGAUGGAACACCGGAUAUUUCAGCAAUGAAAAGGUUGUUUGAAAGAAUUGAUCUUGAUCACGAUAAUUUUAUAUCGCAAUCUGAAUUGAAGAGGUUGAUCAUGGAAGUCUACUCCGAGAGGACACCGGAGGACGUAGAUGAAGCAACGGCUCAACUAAUGCAAGAUCUCGACACAAGUGGAGAUCAACAAAUCGAUGAACACGAGUUCAUAAAUGGAUUUAAGAAUCGGCUCAACACAUCUAAUGACGAAAUCGUUCCCAUGUCGCCUGAUGCAUCCCAAAAACCAUGGGAACUAUGGACAGAUGAUGGUGUAGACAGAUCUGGCUGGGCAUGGACAAAGGCUCUAAUGCUGCUGAUUCUUGGCAUAGCCAUGUUAGCACUUCUAGCUGAACCGCUGAUACAUAGUGUUCAAAACAUCUCCGUCGCUGCAAACCUACCAUCGUUCUUCGUAUCGUUUAUCCUUGUUCCCGUGGCCACGAAUGCUCGAGCAGCAAUUUCAGCCAUACAAACUGUAAAUCAAAGGAACGAACGAACGAUUUCCUUGACAUUCUCCGAGUUAUACGACGGAGUGUUUAUGAAUAACGUUCUUGGAUUUUCCGUUCUCUUGGCGGUCAUAUAUUUUCGAGGCUUGACAUGGGAUUUCUCCGCUGAAGUGUCGGUCGUGUUGAUAGUUUGUAGCAUCAUGGGUGCAGCAGCUAGCUUUAGAUUGAAGUACCCGAUUUGGACAUCGUUCAUAGCGUACCUACUCUAUCCGUUGUCGUUGAUCUUCGUUAUUGUUUUUAAUAAAUUUUAACGCUAAAA